AUGAAGAUCCAAAUCAAUUUUCCUACCCACGUCCUCAAAAUCGCAACAAUUAUGAAGAUCCAAAUCAAUUUUCCUAUCCACGUCCUCAAAAUCUCAACAAUUACCAAGAUUCGAAUCAAUUUUCCUACCCAUGUCACAAAUUCCAACCAGUCAUCCUUUCAUCCCUCUAUGAGAUAUCCAUCUCAAACACCCCCGUCUAGUGGUCAUAUGCCAAUGGUGAAUGAAAAUUUUCCAAGUGUUGAUGCACCUGAAUUUCCCGAAUUUUCAACACAAAUGAGUUUUGGUGGCAAUCAUCCAGCUGCUAAUCAUACCACUCCAAAUCAAGUGGAUACAACUCCUAAGAGCAAGAAAACUCAGUCACCAGCAUGGAGCACUGCACAAAAUUUGGUGUUAAUUAGUGGGUGGAUUAACUGUGGAAUAAGUAGUGUUGUGGGAAAAAACCAGAGAGGAGAAACAUUUUGGAGAGAUAUUGCUGAGUAUUGUAAUGAGCAUUGCUCAUUCGAUCCUCCGCGUGAUGGAAAUGCAUGCCGAAACCGCUGGAAUUAUAUGAACAAAAUACUUGGUAAGUGGAUUGGCGCUUAUGAUGCCGCUAAGCGUCAGCAAGCAAGCGGUUGGUCGGAUAAUGAUGUUUUCGCAAAAGCGCGGGAAUUAUUCGCCUGUGGGAAGAAUGUUCAAUUUACUUUGAUGGAAGAAUGGAUGCAACUCCGUGAUCUGCCACGUUUUUGUAGUCAAGUAGGAGGAAAUAGUGGCUCAGCAAGUAGUGGAUCUAAGAGAUCUCACGCCAGUGAUGCAUGUGGCUCAACCUCUAUAGGAUCAAUUCCUCGUCCAAUCGGUAGGGAGGCAGCUAAAAGAAAGAAUAAAAAGAAAAGUAGAGAAGCUCCCUUGGAGGAGGACAAAGGUUGGGGUUGGGAUAAAUUCGAAGGUAUGAAGGAGAAAAAGCUUGUACGAUUGGAGAAGAUAGCAUCGGUGCAAGCAGAGACUAACCAAAUGAUGAAAACCAAUUUGUAUCUAAAGCUAGCUUCCGAAGAGAACCUCGAUGACCAUAAGAAAGAGCUGUUGAAGAAGUUGUCCCAAGAGCUAUUUGGGAAUUAA